AUGGCCAACACCACCAAGCAAUACCGAGCCAUCCGGGGACCACAGGAGCGACGCAUUGUGAUACUGGCAUGGAACAAUGGCCCACAGACGCGCAAACGACUCUUCCCUCUUGAAUGCACACAAGAUGACAUUGACUUCCUCAUUGCCCAGGGCGACAUUUGGGAUGAUGCCUGGUGUAUACAGCACUUCCUUAAUAUAGACCCGACAAGCCCCAACAUCACGUCCGAUCAGAAACUGAAAAUUGCCUGGAGUGAUUUCCCGUGGGAAGAAGCAGCGGUAAAACAAGCAACAUACCGUCGCAAGUUGGAUGCUCUCAACCUGAAGAUCCAGGACCGCCGUGAGACGGAACAGCAUUUGAUGACAUUCCAAAUGGAACAGGACCAACGCCUUGGCGCGAUCACCCAACGCAUGCAAGCUCAGGGCAUGGAAGCAGGUGAAGUCGAAGACGCGAUUAUGAGCGAGGCUUCUGACGAAAGCAAGCAACCAAACCCACGAGGAGAAUGGCUCUGGACCAUUGAGAGACACGCGAGCUACAGGGACUCGGCAAAGCUUCAAGCAGCUGGCCACAAAGCCUGCCCCUCGCAAAAGGACUGGGGUCGCAUCUUAGGCGUCGGCGAUAAGCCACCUGAGCCAGCUCGUGAACCCACACCACAAUUCCAAAGUGCUCAAGCCUCCCGAAGAUUGCAGCGCCAGUGGACCAAGGUCCCAGAUUGGGACUUGCAACACGACAUGCCCGGGGGUCUCAUGGCCACAGAAUUCUUUGAAAAGCUCGUGAUGCUGCCAUACUCCACUGCUGGUGUCAAAUACAUCAAGGAGGUCCGUGUUGCAUUGGUAGACUUGGAGAAGUGGUACUGUUCCCUCCGUGAGGAUGAAUACAUGAAGCUCAGGACGAUGGACUUUGAUGAGUGGCCUGUACCGGACAAUGUCCACGCCCGGAUCCAGGCUAUCUACCAGGCCCUGGCCGCCCCACCUCAGGAGGAAUAA